AUGGGUUCCAUCGACACCAUGCCCGCGCCCGAUUUCAAGUCCGACAUCGUCAUCGGUAAACAUGAGGUGCCAAAGCCUCCCGUAGCCGAUGAUUUCAUGUACGACUUCAAAUACAAUCAUCCCCUCCCCACGACCGAUCUACUAGGCAUUGAUAUACCCGCCGAUUGUAAUGCUCAAACCGAGGCAGAGGGUAUUGUGGAGAGACUCUCCAAUGCCAUGAGAAAGGGAGACGCCCACGCUUUUGCCGACCUAUUCCUCGACUAUGGUGAGUCUUCCUACAUCUUGCAUCUUGCCGACGCACUGCUCGAGAAUGUGCGCGUGUGGCGCGACAAGCUGUCAUUCACAUGGGAUUUCCGCACAUUCAAUUGGCGACCAGCAAUCCUGAAAGCUGCGACCGAUCUAUUCCCCCAUACCCGAGCGAGGAACUUCCACUUCCUUAGACCUGCGCCAAAGAUUGCUCGACCAUAUCCCGACAUUGCCCACCUGCAAUUUGUCGUAUCCUUCGAGACAGAUACCGUAGUCGCUUCCGCGGUCAUCAAUUCCGUUCUGACCAAGAAUGAUGGAUGGAAGAUCUACACAAUGCACACGGUUGCCGAGGAUCUCAUCGAUCAUCCUGAAGUUUCCCCUGAGGAUGGGCACAUGACUGGUUUGAUAAGUUGGGAGAAGCAGAGAGCACUGGACGUUGAUGCCGCUGACCCUGAGGUUCUCAUCAUUGGUGGCGGACAAAAUGGUUUAGCCAUGGCAGCACGACUCAAGGCCCUCGGCAUGGACAAUUUGAUCAUCGAGAAAAGCGACGAGAUCGGUGAUAUCUGGCGGAAGCGUUACGAAUACCUCUCUCUACAUUUCCCUCACUGGCCUGAUGCGCUGCCGUACUUUCCGUACCCCAAGGGCUGGCCAACCUAUACCCCAGCUCAAAAGCAGGGCCUCUACAUGCAGUGGUACGCUUCGGCACUUGACCUGAACGUCUGGACCAAGUCCACCGUCACCGACGCCAAGCAAGAUGAGCAAGGCCGCUGGACCGUUACUGUGAACAAGGAAGGCAAAGACACCCGGGUACUUCACCCCAAGCAGCUGGUCAUGGCUACCUCGCUCUGUGGUCUGCCCUCGAUACCGGAUGUCCCUGGCAUGGAUAGGUUCAAAGGCACGAUCCGGCACUCCAGCGCUCACGACAGCUCUCGAGGUUUCAAGAAAGUCUGUGUCGUUGGAACAUCAUCCUCUGCGUUCGAUACGGCUUAUGACUGCUCUCGCCGCGGCAUCGACGUUACCAUCCUUCAGCGAUCCCCGACCUAUGUCAUGACCCGCGAUAUCCCGAAACUGGAGGAGCAGGACCGGCUAUUCUUCGCAACACCCUGCGGUCCUGGUGAAGAGCUUGGUAGGCGCAAUGCAAAGGUCUUGGAGGACCUCGAUAAGCCGCUACUUGAUGGUUUAAAUGCUAAAGGCUUGCGAACAUGGCGAGGUCAGCGCAAUACAGGGAAUGCGACGCUAGGCCAGACUCGCAAUGGCGGGUUCUACUUCGACGCAGGCGCUUGCAAGGAGAUCAUAGACGGCAAGAUCAAGGUUGAGCAGGGCUAUAUCGAUCACUUCACGGAGGACAAGGUGGUCCUGAGUGGGGGUCGAGAGAAAGAGUUCGAUCUGGUUGUCUUUGCGACUGGUUACACAAACACCAUCGAAUCUAUCCGUCGGACACUUGGAGAUGAGAUCGCGAGCAGAGUCGGACCUAUCUGGGGCGUGGAUGAGGAAGGAGAAGCCAAGACGGCGUUCAGGGAGUCUGGUGUGCCGAAUCUCUGGAUCAUGGUUGGCUUCCUACCUAUGACUCGUUACGUAUCCAAGCUGCUUGCGUUGCGGCUGAAAGCACUUAAAGAAGGUAUCGCUCACCCGCCGUAUAAGGAUUGA